UGUAUUUUACAUGCAAAGUGAAACAGUUGGUAAGACCUCGGUGGCCGCGCCGGCAUCAGCGACCCUUUUGACUUGGCUUGUUUGGCCGGCGAACGCCAUGUCCGAAUUACAACACAACAAAGACCUGACCUUUUUAACUAAAUUCAUCAAAAUUAGUACUACCAAUCUGAAUAAUUAAACCCUGCCUCUCACCAAUUAAAAAUUAAUCAAAGCCCAAAAUUAAACAUCCAAAGUUGUGCUCUUUGCUCCAAUUCCAAGAAAAGCCAUCCACGAGGAAGUAAAGAACCCUCCAAGCUCAGGGCACCCUCCUUUUCCUUUUUGUAUGCUUGCUCUUCUUCUAUUUUGUCCUUUCUCAGUGACGGAGGAGUUACGCUCAAAACCUUGCAAAAAACAGCUUUUCAAGAGGCCGUUUUUGGUUUUGAUCCUUUAGUUCUGUCGUUUUCACCGGUGUGAAUUCAACGCCAGAGGAAUCAUUGCAAGGAGAAAGGGAAGCGAGGACAAUCCUGAGAUUUCUGAGAGAAGAAAUGGACGGUGUAGAUAGGGAAAGGAGGAGGAGGAGUUUCAAAGAACGGCUAGGAUUUAAAGUCAUGAGCUGUUGUGGCGCCACCUGGGGUCUGGGGUCAACGACCAUGAGCGUCAGAGACGACGCUGAAGUUGAAAUGGUAGAAGAAGAAGAAGAAGCAGACCAACAACGGGAACAAGUAGAAGCGACGCAUUCGGGUCAUAAUCUGGAUCCAGGUUGCAUCAACCCGUCUCCCGUUUCGUCGGGCAUGAAUCUGGCUGCGGCUUUAGCAGCCGAGCGACACUUUCGGGCAGCGCAAGAACCGGAGGGAGGUAACGCAGCGCCGAUGAGUGAUGGGCCGAGUAGCGGGCUCAGAUCGCCCGGGACGCCGCUCAGGGUGUCGUUGAUGACGCUGUUGGAGGAGGCGGACGGCGUCUGCGGCGGUGGGGAGGAGGAGAAAGGUGGCGCGGAGAUGGGGAGUGAUUCGAUGUGCUGCGUGUGCAUGGGGAGGAAGAAAGGCGCGGCGUUUAUCCCGUGUGGACACACUUUUUGCAGGGUGUGUUCGAGGGAACUGUGGUUGAAUCGAGGGUCUUGUCCCCUCUGCAACCGUUCAAUCCUCGAGAUUCUUGACAUUUUCUAAACAAUCAGGUCGUUCCCCUCCCCCUGAUGAUUGUCAUCAUGAUGAUGAUGGUGAUGGUGAAUGAAUGAAUGAUGGUGAUGGUGAAUGAAUGAAUGAUGGUGGUGAUGGUGCCUCGAGAUGGUCAGACCUUGGAGGGUGAGGGUGAAGGGAAUUUUGUCAUGGGAUUGGACAUUCUAUACUAUUUCCUACUUGAAAGUCUUAUUUUACUUGAAACAUUAUUCUUUUUCCAUGUUCUUUUCUCUCUUCUUUUGCCAAAAAUACAGCAAUUACUGGUUAAUUAGGAUCGACAUUUGGAAUUUUGGAGAUUGUAAAAUAGAGUUUGUUUUCCUAUUUCUGAGAAAGAUCCUGCUCUGUCCAAAA